AUGAGUGUGUAUAUACACACCAGCAGUAGCAGCAGCACCAGCAGUAGCACGGCAGUAGCAGCAGCGGCAGCAGCGGCAGCAGCAGCAGCAGCAGCAGCAGCAGCAGCAGCAGCAGCAGCAGCAGCAGCAGCAGCAGCAGCAGCAGCAGCAGCAGCAGCAGCAGCAGCAGCAGCAGCAGCAGCAGCAGCAGCAGCAGCAGCAGCAGCAGCAGCAGCAGCAGCAGCAGCAGCAGCAGCAGCAGCAGCAGCAGCAGCAGCAGCAGCAGCAGCAGCAGCAGCAGCAGCAGCAGCAGCAGCAGCAGCAGCAGCAGCAGCAGCAGCAAACCUGCUCCAAGGCGCCGCGAAUAACCCCGCAAACGAGGUUGGAGUAGCAAAGGGUUUUGAGGGGAAGCGGAAGCUCCACAAAGUCCGCCAGAGGGUUUUCCAGCAGCAAAAAGGAGCAGCAGCGGCCCUCCAAGUCCCAAGACACCACCUCCGCACUCACCCCCAAAAACAUCCGCAAACCCAGCUGCAGCAGCAGCAGCAGCAGCAGCAGCAGCAGCAGCAGCAGCGGGUGGCGGGCUGGGGGGAGGGAGAGGGGGCGGGGGACGGGGAGCGGCAGCAGCAGCAGCGGCAGCAGCAAAGCAGCAGCAGCAGCCAAGCAGCAGCAGCAGCCGAGCAGCAGCAGCAGCAAAGCAGCAGCAGCAGCCAGGCAGCAGCAGCGGAUGGCGUGGGAGAGGCAGCAGCGGCAGCAGCAGCAGAAAGGGCGGCUGAAGAAACCCUAAACGUUUGA